CUUUCCAGCAGCCCAGUUGCACUUCAGGCCAUUGCAGCACUGUCUAACCCCUGUACAGGCCAUUUUUUCGAACGUGGCACCUUGGAAUUUAGAGUCCGCGAGAGCUUCACACGGCUGGCUUGACAAUACAAUCCAAACAACACCUAAUUUGCCAACGCCCGUCGUCAACCAUUCGACCCGACCCUAAACAAAUCCCGAUACAACCAAUUGAAAAAAAAGAUAACAUAAUAAAUUCGACAAGUACGCUACCGACAACGAUGAGGGUGCUUCUUCCCCUCCUGAUGCUGGGCUCCGUCGCCCAUGCGCUCUACUUCUUCCUCGACGGCACGAACGCGAAAUGCUUCUUCGAGGAGCUGCCCAAGGACACACUAGUCCUCGGACAUUACCAGGCCGAGGAGUGGGACGACAACACACAUUCCUGGGCCAAGCACGACGGCAUCAGCAUCUACAUCUCCGUUGACGAAGUCUUCGACAACGACCACCGGGUAGUCUCGCAGCGGGGAUCCUCGUCGGGCAAAUUCACCUUCACGGCGGCCGAGUCGGGCGAGCACAAGAUCUGCUUCACGCCGAGCAGCAGCAGCGGGCGCCCAGGCUGGCUUUCGGCCGCACAACCCAACGGCGGCAUCAAGCUGACCCUCGACCUCGCCAUCGGCUCCUCCGAGAUCGAGUCUACCGAUAAGACCAAGCUCAUGGACAUCUCCCAGCGCAUCCGCGACCUCAACGCCCGCCUCCAGGAUAUCCGCCGCGAGCAAAUCUUCCAGCGGGAACGAGAAGCCGAGUUCCGAGAUCAAUCCGAGUCUACUAACUCACGUGUUGUGCGCUGGAUGGUUAUCCAGCUUGUCGUUCUCGGUAUUACAUGCGCCUGGCAGCUGUCUCAUCUCCGGUCUUUCUUCAUCAAGCAGAAGCUUACUUAAGUCCGCGACGAUCAUGUUGUUAUCAGUAGGCAAGGGGAGUUUUGGUUUGUACGAAAGCUGUCACGGUUAACGCAGCUUACGGUAAACGGGAGAAGGAUUACGAAGGUGAUGAUACUUCGGGUGUUAUAACUAUGGCCGGUCGUCAUGUACUGAUUACAUUACCACGUUGGAACGGAAACCGUCUACCAUUAGAUUCUACCAUUAGAUGGACUCACUUGUCCCGUUGGAAGAAUUUUACAGGCAAAAUUUUGUGCACGUAGGGACAGAUUAGCAUCAGAAUAUGUUUAUUUUCAGAGGAUGCCACCGGCCAGUGACGAGCACAUAUUAAUAAAUUACGGUAGUACUACUAGGCUAGGACGGUAUAGUAUCACGUAUCAAUCGAUCGAAUGCAACAUAAGUCCCAAUGUAUAUCUCUUUGAAUCAACUUACGGUGCAACGCUCAGCACCGAAAUCAUUAUGAAUCUCUUCUUUUCUGUCCUAUACCUCCCAUCUACCGACUCAACACUUCCAUGCUUCUCAGGCACCGACUGCGAGAUCCCCUCCUACUAUAGCCACUCUGCGCUCUCCCUCCUCCAUAUACUACUUCUGCUUAAUACAAAACCCGUCUCAACUCUCGGGUCCCCCUCCCCCUCCCCCUGCUUCUUAAUUAUGAACGGUGUAUAAAGGGAUGGGAUAACAAAAAAAACGAAACCCGAUCCCAAUGCUCGCC